CACUUGUUCAUGCUCUCUUCUUCUAUAAGUACAUUCAUCUCCCUGGAGAAAUAAAGCAUCCCAUCAGCAUUUACAAAGCAAGUUCUUGAUCCUGUGAUCAAAUCUUGAAGCAACUCAUCAUAUACGUAUCAGUAUUUCACAAUGGCCACUUCAACCGUCAUGCAAUCGAUCCUAGCAUCUCCUGCAUCAACGGCGAUCACCGGAAGAAGGGUGAAUUUGGUUCCGGCCAACUAUGCACCAUCACUCUCCAGGAGUGCUUAUAGCCUUCGAACCAGGUGCAUGGCAAAGGAUGGCCGGAAGGAGGAAUCAAGCCCGCCUCCUACACCCAAGGCAAGCACAAGCUUUUUUGAUGUACUAGCAUUCAGCGGACCUGCACCAGAAAGAAUCAACGGAAGGCUCGCGAUGAUCGGAUUUGUUGCAGCAAUGGCAGUGGAAGUAUCCAACGGCCAGGACGUGUUUUCGCAGAUAUCUAAUGGCGGUGUUCCCUGGUUCCUGGGAACAAGUGUGCUACUAACACUGGCAUCUUUGGUGCCACUUUUCAAAGGAGUUAGUGUUGAAACAAAAUCAGGGGGACUAAUGACAUCUGAUGCUGAGAUGUGGAAUGGUAGAUUUGCUAUGUUAGGUCUGGUUGCUCUGGCAUUGACAGAGUACAUAAAGGGCAGUGCUCUUGUUUAAGUUAACUAUUGUAACCCAACAGUUUUUAUCCUGUAUUGUUCCGGAACA